GUGACUUUACGCGGCGAUGAGAAACCUAUUUCAGCGCGCGCGAUGAUCAAAGUGAACGCCACACUCGUAUCGCUACCAGCUGCUUGUCUGUGCACCUUCACUCCACCAUACGAUGGCGGCUCAAAAACAGGCAAUAUACACCCAUGGCUCGCAUGAGUCUGCUCUCCGUGCGCAUAAAUGGCGCACAGUCGACAACUCGGCCGCCUAUCUCAUCCCGCACCUCAAGCCAGGUCUCAAAGUCCUCGACGUGGGAUGCGGUCCCGGCACUAUCACCGCUGAUUUCACCAACUAUGUCCCUGGAGGACAUGUUACGGGCAUCGAGUACAACGCCGAAAUCCUCGAGCAGGCUCGUGCGCACGCCGCCGAGCGCGAAGCGACGAACGUCGUUUUCCUCCAGGGCGAUGCCCACGCGCUGCCCUUCCCAGACGCCACAUUCGACAUCGUCCACGCGCACCAGGUGUUGCAGCACAUCGGAGAUCCCGUACUCGCCUUGCGCGAGAUGCGCCGCGUCGCUAAGCCUGGUGGUAUCGUCGCUUCACGCGAGAGCGACAGAGCCACGUUCACCUGGUUCCCUGACUCGGGUCUCCGCGAGUGGGCCGAGCUCUACGAUCGCGUCGCCCGGGGCAACGGUGGCGAGCCCGACGCUGGUCGGCGCAUCAAGGCGUGGGCCCGCGAAGCGGGUUUUGACCCUGCUCGUACCACCUGCUCAGCCGCGACGUGGUGCUUCAGCACGCCGGAGGAGCGCGCCUGGUGGGGUGGGCUCUGGGCGGACCGCAUCGUUAAGUCUGACUUUGCAAAGGGUGCCGCCAGGGAGGGUGCAUCUGCUGAGGACCUGGAGCGCCUGUCGCAGGCUUGGAGAAGCUGGAGCCAGGCAGAGGAUGGGUGGUUCGCUAUGUUGCACGGCGAGAUGAUCUGCCACGCUUGACCGUGGCAUAUUGAAAAGUGCAGAGUAGGCAUGCCCUCAACGGCUAUGUGCAGUUACGUACUAAGCAGAAGAACAGUAUCACUAGAAAUCAGUGUUAGAAUAAGAAAAGUUUAGGACUCC